CAGCUUGAUUAUAAUAAUAGUCUAUCCUAAAAAGUAAUAAAUGCAUGAAUUCAUUUCCAGCAUCGCUCUGAGAUACGAUGUUCCUCAUUUUAGAGAUAUGACACCUUAGAGAUAAAAACUAUGAACACUGAGUUAUUUUAACCAGCUGUUCAGCUUUUAAUGUUAAUAUGUGAAAUUAUAGUUACAAAUAUUAAGAUUAGAGUACUUCAGUUUCUACAAAAAGAAUUAAAUGUAUAUAAGUGGAAUUUUAUACUAAUGCUGGAAAAUGUUUCAGUGCUAGUGAAGAUAUGCAAUAAUGGACUAUUAUACCAGUAUAUAGCAGGAAAUAUGCCAUAUUUUAGACUAUGUGUGUGUUUUUAGAUUUUUAUUUAUUACAAACUUCCUUCAGUUCUUCAGAAAAAUCCAUUUGCAUAUAUGUAAAGCUUGACUUAAUGAUUUGAAAUUAUGGUAUGACUGAGGUUUGGAAUAAAUCUGAACAUAUGCCGCAAACGAUGGAUGAACAGAACAUAUGAAUGUUGCUGUGGUACACCAAAGAUUUUGUAUGUUUGUGGCCUGACUUUCUUUUUUGCCUCAAGGCCAGUUUUCCCGCAAUCCAUGGCACCGACAUCCAUGUGGGCUUCCUUGUUCGUUUUGUUCUGUUGUAAUUUACAGGAGGCUGAAAAUGGAAGAGUUCAUACCCACUACUUUGCGCAUGGAUGUGAGGGAAGAGAGAGAGGCUUUCUUUGCCCAACAGGAGGGUGUGAGCAACAGUGAGAGCCGCAUGUGGAUCUGUAAGCCUACGGGUAUGAACCAGGGAAGAGGGAUCUUCCUUUUGAAGAGCAAGGAGGACAUAGCUGCCUUCAGACUGAAGCUGAAGCACACGGAGGACCGCCGGUUCAACAGGAAAAUGCAUUACCGCCAGCCUCAGGCUUACAUCGUUCAACAUUACAUCCAGAACCCGCUGCUGCUGAAAGGGAAAAAGUUUGACGUGCGCUCCUACCUUCUCAUCGCAUGCACUGCACCUUAUGUGGUCUUUUUCCGUCAUGGUUACGUGCGACUGACUUGUGACCUCUAUGACCCCACCUCCAAGAACCUUUCUGCCCACCUGACCAACCAGUACAUGCAGAAGAAGAACCCUCUUUACAGCCAACUGAAGGAAGACACUGUGUGGUCCAUGGAGAGCUUCAACGCCUACGUCAACGACAGGUUUCAGGCUGCAAAGGAUCUGCCCAGGGACUGGGUGCUGGGCGCCUUUGCAAAGCGCAUGCAGCAGAUCAUGAGCCAGUGCUUCUUAGCAGUCAAGUCUAAGUUAGACUGCCGCCUGGGGUUCUUUGACUUGAUCGGCUGUGACUUCUUGGUCGAUGAAGACUUCAAAGUGUGGCUGCUGGAGAUGAACUGCAAUCCAGCUCUCCAUACGAACUGUGAGGUGCUAAAGGAGGUGAUACCCAGCGUGGUUGUGGAGACACUUGAUUUGACUCUGGAGAUCUUCAGGAAGAUUCGUGGCAGGCAGAAAAUUUUUCCUUUGGUCAGUCAGAGGGAGUUUGUGCAUCUCUAUAGUGCUUUUUCCACUACAGAGAAGUCUAGCACGGAAUUGCCGAAAAACACCAAAGAUGUACAGAAAACUGAACCCAGAAGGUUUAUGUGUGGAACAGAGGAAAAAAGUGUUCCCUCGGCAUCCCCUGAUAAUUCUGCAAAUGAUUCAGCACUUCCAAAACGAAGGAGCAGGUCAAUGAGUGGCCACCGUCCCACCAGCACUUCACAAAAUCAUCAUGAGUCAGGGCAUUCACAUUAUACAGCUAAACUCAAGCUAAGCAAAAGUACUUUGAAUCAUCAUUUAAAGGCUGGAAAUGACCAUCACAUCCCCUUCAUCACUAGCUCUGAGUGAGUGAAGCUCUACCUGUCUGUGGCUCUCCUGGGACACAGUACCUUACAGUAUUGAACAUGUGGAACAAUUUAGGAUACGAAGAGUUUAGUGUAGAAAAGAAAAGAGGAACUGUGACAGUAUGCAGACAGCUGUGGUAUAAAAAGCCUUUGGUGCUUUUUAAAGAUUUUAAGAGAAACACUCUGGAAAAUGCGUCAAUAAAGAAUGUAUUCAUCAUCAACAAUA